AUGGCGCUGGCCUGUGGCAGAGGUACUGUGCUGGCUGCCGACCGCAAGGAACUCUGGAACCCCAACCAGCCUUCUCUCAAGACAUCCUUAUGCAUUAACCCCCAGAACCCAAUCCAGCCUUCUCUCAAGACAUCCUUCUUUAUUAACCCCUCGAACCCCACCCAGCCUUCUCUCAAGACAUCCUUAUGCAUUAACCCCCAGUACCCCAUCCAGCCUUCUCUCAAGACAUCAUUCUUUUUUCACCCCCAGAACCCCACCAAGCCUUCUCUCAAGAUAUUCUUCUUUAUUCACCCCCAGAACCCCACCAAGCCUUCUCUCAAGACAUCCUUCUCUAUUAACCCCAAGUACCCCACCCAGCCUUCUCUUAAGACAUCCUUCUUUAUUCACCCCCAGAACCCCACCAAGCCUUCACUCAAGACAUCCUUCUCUAUUAACCCCCAGUUCCCCAUCCAGCCUUCUCUUAAGACAUCCUUCUUUAUUGACCCCUAG